AUGGGCUGCUUCGGUUCGCCGGGCGCCAAAAGCGGCGAGGAUGACGCCAAAACGCAGAAACGACGGAGCGACGCCAUCACACGCCAAUUACAAAAAGAUAAACAGUUAUAUCGCGCAACGCAUCGCCUGCUCCUCCUCGGCGCUGGUGAGUCCGGCAAGUCGACGAUUGUGAAACAAAUGCGCAUUCUGCACGUAAACGGAUUCUCUGAUAAGGAACGUCGGGAGAAGAUUGAGGAUAUCAAGAAGAAUAUACGCGAUGCGAUUCUCACGAUAACUGGUGCGAUGAGCACGCUUACACCGCCCAUACCUCUCGAAAAGGCCGAGAAUAAAGCUCGAGUUGACUACAUACAAGACGUAGCUUCACAACCGGAUUUCGACUACCCACGUGAGUUCUAUGAGCACACGGAGGAGCUCUGGAAGGAUGGAGGGGUUCAGCGGACAUAUGAGCGCAGUAACGAGUACCAGCUUAUCGACUGCGCCAAGUAUUUCCUGGACAAAGUGCACGUGAUAAAGCACCCAGAGUACACGCCCACGGAGCAAGACAUCCUUCGCUGCCGAGUUCUCACUUCGGGCAUCUUUGAGACGCAGUUCGUUGUCGAUAAAGUCAAUUUCCAUAUGUUCGACGUGGGCGGUCAGCGCGACGAGCGCCGUAAGUGGAUCCAGUGCUUCAAUGACGUGACGGCCAUCAUCUUCGUGACGGCCUGCUCCUCCUACAACAUGGUGCUGCGGGAGGAUCCCACGCAGAACAGGCUUCGGGAGUCGCUGGAUCUCUUUAAGAGCAUAUGGAAUAAUCGAUGGCUCCGCACAAUAUCGGUGAUCCUGUUCCUCAACAAGCAAGACCUGCUCGCGGAGAAAGUGCUCGCGGGCAAGUCCCGGCUCGAGGAUUACUUUUCGGAGUUUGCCCGAUACCAGACUCCGCCUGACGCCAGCCCCGACGUCAGGGACCAUCCGGAGGUGGCUCGCGCUAAAUACUUCAUACGGGACGAGUUCCUGCGCAUCAGUACGGCCAGUGGCGAAGGCAAGCACUACUGCUACCCUCACUUCACGUGCGCCGUGGACACCGAGAACAUCAAGCGCGUCUUCAACGACUGCCGCGACAUCAUUCAGAGGAUGCAUCUGCGGCAGUACGAGCUGCUCUAA